AUGGCGAAAGAAGAACCUAAUGUCGAAUCUAAGAAGAAUUUUCAUAAACAAAAUUUUCCAUUUCUUCUUUUUGGAUUCAUUAUUGAUCCAACUAAGAGAAAUCAAAAAGCUUACUCAUGCAACUUUUGUAGCAAAAAAUUUGUUACUCCACAAGCAAAAGGUGGACACCAAAAUUGCCACAAAUCUGAGAGAAAACUCAAGAAAAAUAAUGAAACAAUAAAAAAAGCUUGGGAAAUUUUCUCUAAUGACAAUGUGAGUCGACAAGUUACUAUGACUGAGAAUGACUUUGAUUUGGUUUUAGAGGGAGAUGCUGAUAGUAAUGUUGACCAUGAACACAAAGUGACUCAUAAGGAGGAAGCAUCCAAGGAUAUUGAUUUGAAUCUUAAGCUUUAA